UAUACUGAUUUGCUGACAAUAUGUGUACAGUGUAAACGUAGCUUUAAGCAACGUGUAGGCUAUUGAUCGAUAUAAACUUGACAGUCAGUAUAUUAUGUUCACAAUGCAGGAACGAGAAGAAAAAGCAGAAGGGAAUCAAAUUCGCCGUGGAUUUCUGACAAAAUGGAAGAAUACAGCUUACAGGGCCAGACUUCUACACACAUCAUGGCUAUUUUUAUCCUUCAUUGCAAUGGGUUUUAUCGCUGGACAAAGAGGACCUUCCUUUUUAGAUCUACAACUUAUAACUAAUACUGAUGUAGAAGAGGCAUCCCUGUUCUUUACUUUCGCUGCUGUUGGUGGAUUGCUUGGGGCGCUGGUAAUUGGUGCUUCAUAUGACAGAUUCAACAAACCUAGAUUAAUAUUUCUGGCUAAUAUUGGCAUGGGUGUAUGUGUGGGUGUUGUACCACAAUGUCGACAAUAUCCUCUCAUGAUAUUUAUCUGGUUCAUCACUGGGUUUUGUAUGAGGGGUCUAGAAACAGGUGGCACAGCUGAUGUUGUCCGAGUGUGGAAGUCAGAGAGUCGACCUUACAUGUUUAUCGUUCAUUUAGGAUUCUCCAUAGGAGCUUUAAUCUCUCCUUUGGUAACAGAACCCUUUCUUGUGCCAAAACACUUAGUAGAGAAUCAAAACUCGGAUAUUAAAUCACAAGACCCAGUUAUCACCUGCAACGUCACAAAUAAUGCUACCCUUAAUUCAAACAUUUCUUGUAUCAACAAUCAAACAAAUCCAUUACAGUCCACAGCCUACGUAAUAAAGUUACAAUAUGCUUUCAUUAUAUCGGCCAUUUUAGCCGUAUUGACGUCAGUGCCAUUCUUGAUAAAAAGUUUUAAGGGUGAAAGUAAUCUAACCAAGGAAGGUAAUUCACGAAAAGCCACAGAACAACGAAACGUGCCUUUGUUAUACUAUGUUAUAUCUGUUGUGCUAAUUAUGUGUAUGUAUAUAUGUAAUACUGGCAUCGAGGACGCAUUUUCCGCAUUUUUAAUGACUUUUGUUGUGAAACAAAUGGAUUGGUCGAAAAAGGAUGGCGCCCUGGUAACGUCAGCGUUCUGGGCGUCCUUAAUUACGGCUCGGAUUCUCGUCAUUUUUGUUGCGGACUUGAUUAGCCCGGCAAAACUUUUACUAUUUGCUAUGUGCUUUGUAAUAUGUGCUUUAUUAGGAUUAUGGAUAAGUGCUUUAUAUUUAGCUCAUACGGGUAUUUGGGUGUUUGCAUGUGUCGCAGGCAGUGCCAUAUCAAUUCUGUUUCCUACAGGGAUUUCACUCACGGAUAAAGAACUCAUACCAGUUAACGGUAAAGUUUCUUCAUUCAUCCUGGUUGCUGGGGCUAUUGGCCUCCUUAGCAACCCUGUGGUAUUAGGCUUCUUCAUCAAAGAGUUCUCUGCCCUUUGGUUUUGUUACUUGUUGCUAGGUGAAGCUAUCAUGUCCGUCGUUUUGCUAUUUGUUAUUCUGAUUUACGGAAGAAAGAUAUUAAAGAGGGUUCGAAAAACAACCGUCAUGGAAAUAGACAUUGAUUCAGAACAUGGUGCCCAGGACACAUUAAUGGACGAUUUAAAGAAUGUUACUGUUGCAGGAUAAGGGGACAACUCCCGUGUUUAAUCAGUAUUUGACAGUUUAAUUCUUGUUGAUGCCUGGAGUAAAUCAGAGAAC